UGCGCGUGAAUCUGGCCUGGUGUGUCAAGCCAGUCUAGCGCGUUUCCUUCCCUCCACCUGUAAUCCAGAUCCGUUUAAACCAGCCUGUUUUUAAGACGUUUUAAAAUGGAUGUGGCCGGCCUGUGUGUGGUGGCUGUGAGCCGUGGUGAGGGUUAAUACCCGGGCUGACAGGCUGAUGACGCCCUCCUCCCAGCUGCUGCUUCUGUCGGAAUGAAGAAAGAUGCGCGUCAAGUGUUCAUAGCUGUUUUUAAAGCCAAAAUCUCAUUGCUUUGCUACCAAGAAUUCCAAUUUCGAUUUUCAAAUGAAAAUGGAGGAUAUGUCCCUGUCAGGCCCGGACAAAACCAAGCUAGAGGCCUUGGUCCACGACAUCUACUCAGACCUGGUGGAAGACGCCUGCCUGGGUCUGUGCUUUGAAGUGCAUCGUGCUGUCAAACAGGGUUACUUCUUCUUAGAUGAGACGGACCAAGAGAGCAUGAAGGAAUUUGAAAUAGUGGACCAACCAGGAGUGGACAUAUUUGGCCAAGUUUACAAUCAGUGGAAGAACAAGGAGUGCGAAUGUCCCAACUGCAAAAGAUUUAUUGCAGCCUCCCGCUUUGCACCGCACUUGGAGAAGUGCUUGGGUAUGGGACGUAACAGCAGUCGUAUUGCCAACCGCAGAUUAGCUAGCAAUAACAACAUGAACAAAUCGGAAAGUGAUCAGGAGGACAAUGAUGACCUCAAUGACAAUGAUUGGUCAUAUGGGGCCGAAAAAAAAGCAAAGAAGAGAAAGUCAGACAAGAGUUCAAAUUCGCCUAGAAGAGCCAAAUCUUUAAAGCACAAAAAUGGGGAGCUGAGCAGCAGUGUCAGUGCAGAGCCCUUUAAGUACAGCUACAACACUGGCAUCAACUACGAAACAUUAGGCUCUGAUGAACUGAGGUCUCUUUUGACAACGCAAUGUGGGGUGAUUUCAGAACACACCAAGAAGAUGUGCACUAGGUCCCAGCGUUGCCCCCAGCACACGGACGAACAGAGGAGGGCCAUCAGGGUAUUCCUCCUGGGGCCGUCCGCGCCGUUGCUGCCUGACACAAAUGCUGUGGUAGAGAACGACAGUUUUGACAUUCCAGAUGGACAGGCCCUGAUGAGCCGCCUCCAGUGGGAAGACUCCCCAGAUAUUUCCCCUGCUGACCUCGCCUCAUCUAAAGCCGGCACCAACCACACGGACUCUAGGAAGCCCAAGAAAAAGAAAAGGCCAUCAUCUCUUGGUUUAGGCAGCAGUGGUGGAGGGAGUAUGUGUCAGAUUGGAGGGGUCAGCAGCAGUUCUCAGAGUAAUUUCAGCUUAUCCAACAGAAAGAAGAGGCCCAAAUUUACAGCACCACCUAUUCCAAGUAUCUAUGAUGACCUAAAUUAG